GGGGCCGCUGGGCGGGACGAGCCCUGGGGCUGCAGUUUGAUGAUCCAUAAAUGACACAGCACAUUUUCAUUGUUGUGUGAGAAGACUGGAAAGAUUCAGCUUCACAGUGUAUGGGUGUUGUGCCAAACUUUGGCCAUGGCUCACCUGAGGGAAUUUGCCAAUCAGCACUCUCGGGUUGAUCCGGAGGAACUGUUCACCAAGUUGGAGAGAAUCGGUAAAGGCUCCUUUGGGGAGGUGUACAAAGGAAUUGAUAACCGUACUAAGGAAGUAGUAGCUAUCAAGAUAAUUGACCUGGAGGAAGCAGAGGAUGAGAUUGAAGACAUCCAGCAGGAGAUAACUGUACUCAGCCAGUGUGAUAGCCCCUACAUUACCCGUUACUAUGGGUCCUACCUGAAGGGCACCAAGCUGUGGAUAAUCAUGGAGUACUUGGGGGGUGGCUCAGCACUGGAUCUUCUUAAGCCUGGCCCCUUGGAGGAGACCUACAUUGCCACUAUCCUACGAGAGAUUCUAAAGGGUUUAGACUACCUUCACUCUGAGAGGAAAAUCCACCGAGAUAUCAAAGCUGCCAACGUGCUGCUUUCAGAGCAAGGGGAUGUGAAACUGGCCGACUUUGGUGUGGCUGGCCAGCUAACAGACACGCAGAUCAAGAGAAACACCUUUGUCGGGACCCCAUUUUGGAUGGCACCUGAAGUCAUCAAGCAGUCGGCCUAUGACUUCAAGGCAGACAUUUGGUCCCUUGGAAUUACUGCUAUUGAACUGGCAAAGGGAGAGCCUCCAAAUUCUGAUCUGCAUCCUAUGCGAGUUCUUUUCCUGAUCCCCAAAAACAACCCUCCAACACUGGAGGGUCACCAUAGUAAGCCCUUUAAGGAAUUUGUGGAAGCCUGCCUUAAUAAAGACCCUCGAUUUAGGCCCACUGCAAAAGAGUUACUAAAGCACAAAUUCAUCACACGUUACACCAAGAAAACAUCAUUUCUCAUGGAGCUCAUUGACCGGUACAAACGCUGGAAGUCUGAAGGGCAUGGCGAGGAUUCCAGUUCUGAUGACUCUGACAUUGAUGGAGAUGCAGAUGAGAGAGAUCAAGGACCCAUAUGGACUUUCCCACCAACUAUUCGCCCCAGUUCCUUGAACAAGCUGCACAAGGGGAUGCCGCAUCACGGAUCCCAGAAGCCUCCUGAGCCCAUCAAGCGGCAGCCAAGGUCGCAGUGCCUCUCUACUCUCGUUCGCCCUGUCUUUGGGGAGCUCAAAGACAAGCACAAGCAGACUGGAGGCAAUGUAGGAGCCAUGGAAGAACUGGAGAAUGCCUUUAGCUUAGCUGAGGAGUCUUGUCCAGGGAUCUCUGACAAACUAAUUGCACACAUGGUGGACCGUGUACAAAGGUUCUCACACAGCAGGAACCACCUGACUUCUGCCCGCUGAUGAGCCUGUAAAUCACUGAAGGAGGGGUGAUGUUCCCCAACCCCAUAACAA